GUUAAUUAAUUUGAUUUUUAUUUGAAUUAUACAAUGUCCGCCAACCUCGCCAACUUUUAUGCAGAUUUGCUACGCAAGUACGGGGAAAACCACACUAUUACUUAUGGAGCGCCUCCUUCCUAUUUGCUAACUAUAGCUGGUCCUCAAGAAGCGGAGGCGGGAAAAAAGAUUGUAUUCUUCUACAAAGAAGAUCGGUCGAUGGCGUCCCUAGUGAAAACUACGCCGAAAAAACCAAUUGAGCGGAAUUCAGAUGUCAAUUUGGAUUUGACUGGCAGUCCUUUAAGGGAUGACUGUCUCGCUGACGCCAUUGGCGAUCUAUCGUUGAAUUUGCAAUUGGAGGCUAUAAAUCCAUGGAAGCCAGAGGAAGAGUAUCAUCGCGGUUUAUCAGUCGAUAUGGCUCGUAAAAUUAUUUGCCUCGAGAGCUAUCCGCGGGAAAAGUGCUCAGGAUCUGUGUGGUUCCUCUGUGAUGGCAGCGAUUUCGGCCAUACCCAGUUGAUCCAGUACGAGUUCGAUAAAACCCACUUCUGUCGCGGCAUACUUACAUAUCAGGGUGUCUUGCCGAUCUCCUUUGUCACUGCUCAAUCUCUGGCCCGCCAACAUUCUAUGGUUGGGGGCAAGCCGAUGGACACCUGCAUUGAGAAUAACUAUCAAGUGAAUCCCAACAUAACUUUGAAUUGCAUUUGGUUGACGCACAGCUCAGUGCCUGAGCUAAUCAAUUUGCGCGACUGCGACGUGUCACUUAAACAGAUAUUUCGGGUGAGCAAUUGCUCUCCCAUCACCCAAGAUUUGAUGAAUCAAUUGCGCAUUCUGGCCUACAUACGCGAGGACAUUGUCAACUAUCAUAGUAACGUAAAAUCGGGCCAAAGCGGUGAUCCCACCUAUCGUUGUGGUCGAGGUAUUGACAUGGGUGAAUUGAGUGAAUCAAUUAACCAGAUGAUGAAUGAAGUUUCACCCUUUGUUGAUUCCUACGGCAACGUGCAUAAUGAUUUUGAUUUCGAGGAGGCGAUUCAACGGUGCAAAUUCAGGAACAUUACGGAUCUAACCGACAAGCUGUGGGAGUUACUUAAAAGUUGUGGCUCAUACCAUGAUCUAAAAUUGGCCUUUAGCAUGGUUUUCCAAUGCGCUGCGCGCUGCAACAUUGUGAACACUCCAACCAACACGAAUCGUUUGGCUGAAAUAAUUAGAGAGCUUGUUAAUCGGCGUCUGGCCAUACCUUGUCUAAAUGGUGCGGAACCUUUGGAGCUACUCUUUGAAAUUGGCCUGGACAAGGUGUACAAAGACUAUGAAUUUAUUUAUACAGAAAGCAAGGUGUGCAGUUCCAGCUUAUUAAAGGAUUGCACUGGCUCUGGUGUGGAGGAAUCAAAUGGAGACGAUCCAGCUCAAGGUUUGGGUCAGACACGGAAAUCUCUGCAUAAUGGUGGUCGGGGCGAUGCCACAGCUGGGACUGCAGGUGCUCGUAAAACUUUGCUGCAUCUUAAUGCUGCCGUUAGAAAGGAAAAGUACGAUGAUGUGCCUGGCUUAAAGAAUAGCCGUUUCGAUGAGGACGAGAGUUUGCAACGAUUGUCCAAACUAUUUCAAAUUCAUUGCACUUUGGAACAUCUAUUGAUGCUACAGAUGCAUCUCAAUUUACCAAAUGUUUGUGUCGAUGUCUGCUCAAAGUUAUUGAAAAAGGAACCUAAAUUGAUAGAAUCAAUUGAUGACAAGCUAAGCGAUGCAAUAGACAUUGAUUUGUCUGCCCAUUAUGUACGUGAAUAUUUGGAUGGCAAAGAUCCGCAUUCACGGCGUAUAAUCAUGAAAUCGGAUAACAAAUUCCGUGAAGUCAAAACUACAUUCUAUUUCAAUAUGGAAAACAUUUGCCCCCCUGAGCUGGCACAGUGCUUUCAAUGUGAUGAUAAGGAGAUGAUCGAAGAUCGCAUUUACCAUUCGUGGCUCUAUCGUAAAAUUAAGUCAUUUAAGUAAAGUCAAAGACAAUUAUUUUGAAUAUGUAUUAAAGAACUUAUGGAAAGCAA